UGUACUUCAUUUUCAGCAGGAUUAUACAUUUCGCCCUCUUUAUGUGUUCACGAAUUUGUUAAAGAAUUUAUGAUAAUUUUUUACGGAAAAUCAAUUCUUCCCAAAGCACUUAUUCGUUUUGCAAAGUAUAAUUUACUUUUAAUUUGAAGCCGCAGAGAAAUGAGGAAACUCUUCCCUCUAGUGUUCACAAUGAAACAGCACAUGUCUGUGUGCCUCACCAAAGAAAGGUUUGGUGGCCGAUUUUUGUGUGAAUUACAGAAGUUCCCUGAAUCGGCCCGCACAACAACGUAGAGGCGACGUUGCAAAGCAUCUGCCAUGGCUUACUACAUUCCAGGCACGUGGAUGCUGGAUAUGGAGGAAAUGUAUUGGCAUGCGACUGGCCGUGGAUACAUCACUGAUCCUUUUAUGAUGAGUAAAUAUGAUGACACUUUGCACGAGAAAGGCAUGGACGAAAACGCUAACACACACGAAGAUGUUUCAAUGCAUAGUGAAGUGGAUGAGAGCCCCGCGGAUGUCAUGUUCAGAAAGAAGGACCAGAAGGACGCGGAGCUGGAUAAAAAGAUCGAGGCCCUGCGGAAGAAAAACGAGGCCCUGAUGAAGAGGUAUCAGGAAGUGGAAGAGGACAAAAAGAGGGCGGAGGAGGAAGGCAUGGCCCUGCAGAGCCGCAAAGGCAAAGCAGAGGAUCUGACAAUCACUAUCAACAAGUCCGCCAGCGAGACCCGCGUUGUGACAAAGAAAUCAGGUUCCGGGGAUGCGCCGAACUCCAGGGGGGUCCAGGAUCCGGCAGAUCCGGAUAUGAACCCGUUCGGCAUGGGCCGGGGAAAGAGGAGGCAGCUGCUAGUCACCAUGGCCGGCAACACCAAGGGCAAGAGGGUCGUGAGUGAGAAGAGGGGCCAGAACCACCCCCCCAGCCCCGGGGGCAUGAGGGACGCCACAGAGGAAGAGGACGUGGAGUGCGACAUGAUGGGAAGGCUGCUGCAGCCCUCUAAGCCAGACAGCGGGCCGCAGGAGGACGACGGCAGACAGGAGCGGCAGGGUUUGACGGAGGAGAGUCAGUGGUUGGCCGAGUGCGACCCCUAUUACCAGGACGUGGAGGGGCCCGUCCCGCAGGGCCACACUGACCUCAUCGUCCCCACGUCCAGGGAGGAGCAGCUGGAGUACCUGCGCUGGAAGAAGGAGCGCGAGCAGAUCGACCGCGAGCGCGUCGCUCGCCACAAAAACGCCAAGGGCCAGUGGAGGAGAGCGUGGGACAUGGACAAAUCAGAGAAUAUGUUUCGUGACAGAUUUCACGGAGAAAGUGAACGAGGGAACAAAACGAGAGGGGGAAGGAAUGCUAGAAGAGGUCAGUCAAGAGCCACAGGGGAAUCGCAGGGUCAUCCGUACCGGAACCGGGACGAGGGUGGCAAAAACCUGCCGGCAGUCAGCAGCAAGGCCAAGGGCAAGGACCGCCUGACUGGCAGAGCAAGGAGAUGGGACGCUAAGGAGGAAGAAGACCACUUACAGACUAUGGAGACCAGCCUUGAAGAAUUCUUGGAGGAACUGGAUGCCUUUAUUGGACCGGAGGUGGACCUGAGCCCCAAGCCUAUGGUGGAAAGCAGAGAAGACGACGUUGGAAAGGGCUUCCCGCCGGGCGCAGUGGGUGCUGACGAAGCGGGCGGUGACGAGGCUGUCAGUGGAGAUGACCCUGAGCGAGGCGGAGUCCCCACCUCAGAGUCUGACCUCGACCAGCGUGAUGGAGACGCUGCCGCGGACGCAGCCUCUGGGAAUCCGGCUGCCAGCCAGGGAGAAAGGGCUCCGAAACCCCGCAGAGCUCCUGAAAAAAAGGUCCGUUUCUCUGAGGAGACCAUCAAGGAGACCAAAGGAGCUGAAGAGGGAGCUCCAGGCCCCAUUCCCUCUGAGGCUGAGGUGACGGGGGCCAUUAAAGGAAGCUCACGCGGUCCCGAGUCCCUCCUGGCAGUGGUAGACGAGGCCGAGCAGACCCUGGGGUCAGGCCUGAGGGGCCCCGAGGGUGAUGGCGUUCAGAAGCGGGACCAGGAGGCCUCUGACCUCCCCCACAGCAGUGCCCCUGUCCUGGUGGACGGUGACGCUGGUGGGCGAGGGCCAGAGGACACCUCCAAAACUGAAACAUUGGAAAAGAAACACAGCGAUACACAAGGUCUUACUCCCGAGCCAGAGACGGGUCAGAGAACCAUGGAUGGAAACUCGGCUGCUUUCCCAGAGGAGAGUGCUCACCAGCCUCUAAAACACUCUAAAAACACCAGAAGCCCAGCUUGUGGUUCUGUCCGUUCCUCAGAAGAGAUGAUCAACUCCAGCCUCUCUGUUAUGAGCCUAGACUCUGGAACACCUCAUCCUUAUCAUGAGACCAGUAACGCCAAGGUGAAAGAAAAUGGGAAAAUAGUUUAAAUUUGAACAUGGAGACGCUCAUUACUGUACAUUUACUUUUGUUCAUUGCGGUUGAGGAUGGAAUGCAACUUAAACCAAAACAAGCUAAACAAAAAAGAUAAAUGUUCGUAUUAUGUAGUAUGAGCUCUCCCUUGCUCUGUGUAACUUUUUUACAAUAUAAAUCAUGCUGUAUGUAGGCACUGCAUUGGGCAUGGAGAUAGUGUUGGUCACAUAAUUUCAUCAACAUGGUGGAAUAAUUCUAUGAAACAAUCCUGAUUAUAACAAAUUGCAAUUUGGAAACACACUGUGUAGUGGUUGAUAUUUUGCUUUUUUGCAGUUUGGGUUUGGCCAAACAUUUAAUACAAGCACUUUAUUUUGUUAUGUAGCUGAAUCUAAUUACAGUAUUAAUACUUAGUGUGUAAUCAGCAAAUCACUUGGAUUUGCUGUUUUGUUGGAAGCCUUAUUCAGUGUUCUUGAAAGAGAUUCUGGCUAUUUCAAUGCAGACUUUUGUUACAAUUUGUGCAACUAAACUAAUUACAGAACUUGAAUGAAGGGAACUGGUGAUUUAAAAGGCACCUAGGUUUUUAUGAGGGAAAAGCACAGAAAAUGUUUAAUUAGAUAUACAAAGCCAACCAAUUUGUGUUUUCAUGCCAUUUGCAUGGUCUUAAGUGUUAAUUUGCUUCAUUUCUGCAAAUUGCCACUUUACCUGAUGUUUGUAUUCAGUUACGAAUUGCAUUUCAAAUCACUGUACAUGUAAAUUGAUUUAUGCAAUUUAAGGUAAUCUCUGAUAAUUCUUCAGAGAAUGGCCCUAGGUGCCUUUUGAUUUGAAAAUUCAAUAUUGAAUGAUUUACACUCUCAAACAGGGUGUUAAUAUCCCACACUACUACUUUUUGUGUGAUUUUCAACACAUUUUGUGUCAAAGUUGCUUAUUUUGUGUUACAAAUAUAAUAUUUAUGUGGGAGCCUUUUUAACACAGACUGUUGAAAGUAACCCAAAAUGUGUUGUCCUUGACUAGACAUGGAGGUGUGUUAAAAAUGCAUCUGUUUGAGAGUGUAGUUCCCCUGUUUUGGUAGGAAAUAUGCUGGUUCUUUGGUACUGAAACAUUACACUUACAAUACAUGAUUGUGAGGUACAGACAAUGAAGCUAUUAAUUACUCCUGUGUUUGUAUGCAAGCAAUGCCUUUCCCUAUAAUUGUACUAUGACUGACUGAAUAGUUUAGUAGAGAACUGUGAGGUUAAGACAUGUAUUUAUUUUCAAUAGAUCUAUAACUCAUGGUUGACUUUCUAAAAAACAACUGUAAUUUUUGUUAUAGAUCCAAUUAAAGUGUAGUUUAUUAUUUAAACUUCUAAUUAUAGAUUUUUGAAUUUGGAUUCAGGUUAGUUAUGUCAGAAUGUAAAUGAGCAAUUUGCUUUGAUCUUUAUUUAGGGAAGCACUUUUGAAAUUGUACUAUUUGAAAAAAUACUUGAGUGAAAAAUAUUGAUUUUUGUUUGGCUAUGCUAUAAACUACUAUUCACACUUUGAUUAUAUAUUACACCACCACUGCCAUUUUCUUUGGCUGCAGUUGGACAGUAGAAUGUCUUAUUUGGCCCAAUUUCAAGUGUUUGUUGUAAAUAUUCAAAAUGGUUUAAACUUAGAACAAAAUGGUUUGAUAUUUAAUAUUUGCAGUUAGCAUAUUUAUUUUUUCAAAUUACUUUUUUGCAGACUUUGAAGGAGCCUUAA